AUGGGUCCCUCUGUUUCGGUUUGCUACAGAUCUACCAUCUUUGUUUUCUUCCUUAUAUGUUUUGGUCUUGUCCAUCUGGUACAUCAACUAACACAUUUAAGCUUAAGCUACACUACCCCUGCUGGUCAGUACAAUUUAGAGGGUGGAAUCACUUCAUCUAAUAUUGCUACAAAAGCUUUGGAAGCUACACGUGCCAAAGUCAUGGGACAAGCAUUAGCUGGUAAUGUUGGUGAUAACAGUGCUCUUGCUAAAGUGGUGAAAAGUUGGGCUUCCCCAUCUAUAAGUUCUACAAAAGAACUUCUUCUUAAUGCAGAGAAGGGCGGUUAUGCUGUUGGUGCUUUCAAUGUGUAUAACCUUGAGGGAAUUGAAGCUAUUGUUGCAGCAGUAGAGGUUGAAAAGAGUCCUGCUAUCCUGCAGGUGCCUAUCAGUGUUCACUAUGAUCACGGCAUUUCCAAGUCAAACUUGCUUCAAGCUCUUGAAGCGGGAUUUGAUUCAGUCAUGGUGGAUGGUUUCCAUCUAACUUUAGGGGAGAACAUCUUAUACACAAAGAGCAUAUCUUCCUUGGCUCAUGCAAAAGGUUUACUUGUGGAAGCUGAGUUGGGUAGGCUCUCAGACUCUGAAGAUGGCCUGACCGUUGAAGAAUAUGAAGCAAGAUUUACUGAUGUUGUCCAGGCCGAGGGAUUUAUUAAUGAGACAAGCAUUGAUGCUCUAGCAGUUUGCAUUGGAAAUGUUCAUGAAAAAUAUUCACCUAGUGGACCAAACCUCAUAUUUGAAUUUCAGUACAAUCGCAGAAAAAGAUAA